GUCUUUAUUGUUCCUACGCACACAAGGCUUUUCAGUGUUGCCAUGGAUGCCGCUUCUUUUCAAAAAAAUGACCUGGAUGACUGCUUAGUGUCAUUUCGAGCAGGCAUCAUGGAAAUGGACAAAAAAUCGAAGUGGGUUCGAGCGGACAAGCGAAAGGGCCUCAUCAUGCUGAGGCGCUGUCCUGAAGACAGAUUGAUGCACUUUAUGUGGCAAGAUCGUGAACGUGGCGUCAUCGAGACAGAUUUGAUUAUUUUCCCUAACGAGGUCACCUUUCGCCGUGUCGAGAGUUGCAAAACUGCCCGCGUUUAUUUAUUAGAAUUCAAAAUGUCGAAGCAAAGACUUUUUUUUUGGCUUCAAGAGCCGAGCACCGAGCGCGACGACGAAUAUCAGCAAAAAAUCAAUAAAUACCUCUCAGAUCCAGACGAUAUGGAGAUAGACAUAGACAUGGAACCGAGUCAAACUCCAUCCGAGCCACAUGUGAAUCGCGAAAUAUCAAAUACCCAAACGGCCGAAAAACCGUCUUACGGCGGACAAACCGACAAUUCCCUCCUCUCCCAAGAUGUCUCGGGCCAGUCUACCGUCACCGCUUCCGCGACCAGCUCCACUUCUUCUUCAGAGCACUUGAAGAAACAAAUUGUGAACAUCUUGCAGAACAUCUCCGCAAAUUCUCCUAGACAAUCUCUUGCCGAUCAGUUCGACCUCAGCGACAUCGUCAACGCCGAAUCAAUAACUGCGUCGGGAAUUCUUGAUGACCCUGAAUCGCUUUCUCAACUCCAACAAUACCUCCCGAAAACGGAAACCGACAGUGUUAUUUCUACCAUCAAGUCCUAUCACUUCACCUCAACUGUUGACAACCUAAACAGAGCGCUGAAACAAGGACAACUAACCGACCUGCUCAAAUCGUUCGGACUGUCCAUGCCGAAGCAGCCAGCUCCCACAAGCCAGUUGGAAACUUUUCUAAUAGCCAUUCAAGAACAAUCCAACUUAUCCCGUCAAAAAUAGUUUUUUUUUCCUGGAAAAAAGCGCUUUUUUUUCCCUCUUUUUAUUCUGUCGAUGCAUGCAGCUGCGCGUUUUUGCUCAUCUGCUGAGCGGCGCGUCAAGCUGCCCGUCAUCGAGAGAUGGAAAUAGCGCCGCAUAAAUCGCGAACACCUCGAAAAA